GGGCACCCUGACUCUCUUCGCUCGGCCCAUCGCUGACAGCUCCACCAAGCCGGCAGAGGGACAGAGGAACAGCGAUUCGCUGGGAUCACAGCGACACUCUUCUCUACUCUUUGUCCGCGGCGCUUAACGGGCUUUUACAGAAAUAUAACGCAAGUAUGGUGGCUGUUUGAAAAAGAGAAACGAUGCCUCAGAAAGACACGCUGCUACAUCUCUUCGCCGGGGGAUGUAGCGGUACAGUGGGAGCCAUCGUGACCUGCCCCCUGGAGGUGUUGAAGACACGGUUGCAGUCUUCCAGCUUCACCCUCCGGCCCAUCUUCCAGGUCCAGCUGGGCACAUUAAGUGGCACUGGAGUUAUCAGACCAGGGACUGUUACACCGGGGCUGCUGCAGGUCCUACGAUCAAUAUUAGAAAAAGAGGGACCAAGAUCACUUUUCCGAGGUCUGGGGCCGAAUCUUGUCGGUGUGGCACCUUCAAGGGCCAUCUAUUUUGCUGCAUACUCCAAAUCUAAAGAGAUGUUCAAUGGGCUGUUUGUGCCUAACAGUGGAGUGGUGCACAUGUCCUCUGCUGGUGUUGCAGCUUUUGUUACGAACUCUCUGAUGAACCCUAUCUGGAUGGUCAAGACCAGGAUGCAGCUCGAAAAGAAAGCCAGAGGAGAGAAGAAAAUGAACGCACUGCAGUGCGCCCGCUAUGUUUACAAAACUGAAGGGAUGCGGGGCUUCUACCGAGGCCUGACUGCGUCUUACGCUGGAAUCUCAGAGACCAUGAUCUGCUUCCUCAUCUACGAGACACUGAAGAAACAGCUGGCUAAGAGUCAGUUAGCUUCACCAAACGGUGAAACAGAGAAAGGAGCAUCAGACUUCCUGAGUCUGAUGUUGGCAGCUGCUUUCUCAAAGGGCUGUGCGUCCUGCAUAGCCUACCCACACGAGGUCAUCCGGACACGGCUGCGUGAGGAAGGCAGCAAGUACAAGUAUUUCUUCCAAACGGGGAGGUUAAUAAUGGUGGAGGAAGGCUACGCAGCCUUUUAUAGAGGACUCAUUCCACAGCUAAUAAGGCAAAUCCCCAACACAGCCAUUGUCCUAUCCACAUAUGAACUCAUUGUGCAUCUGCUUGGGGAGUCCAAGUGAAGAAAUGCAGGGAAGUUGGGAUUGUUCCAAUGAUGGAUGCCACAUAAAACCCACCACACACUGGGCAAGGGACUUCAAAAUGCAGCACAUAUAUUUUUUUAUGUGCUGCCAAGCAGACACUUGAAUGGUGGAACUGAAGUGGGUUGUACUGUUAUCCAAAGAGCUGAAUACAUAAUUUAAUUAAGUCCUUAUCAUUAGGAGUGCAGAGUACUCAGAGUAUCAAAUGACCAGGAUUUGUGGUACUUUAUUCAAACUGUAAAUCUGUGGAAAAGGUCAUUUUCUAAGAGGACUAGUGUUAAGUUAACUAAAUUAUUUGACGUUUUGUUUUUUUAUGACUGUUUGUUUCCUUUUAUCAGUGGUAAAUGUGCCCACUCACCUGAUAAUGCAGUUUGACUCAUUUACUUUCUGAUGGAGGUUGAUCACAUGAAGUGCUAGUUAUAGUGCUGUUCCUUGCAAUUUUCUGACUACUCAGAUCAUUUUGACAUUUCUGACUCAUAAAUGCUAUGACCUGGUUUUUAAGUUUGAAUUACAGAGAAAUAUCUUAAUUUUCAUAUAUAUAUAUAUAUAUAUAUAUAUAUAUAUAUAUAUAUAUAUAUAUAUAUAUAUAUGAACAUAUUCUGUAUAAAAGAAGUACAGGUUAUCUGUAUGUUUUCUUUGUGGAAAAAGUCACCUUUUACAAUAUGACAUAUUAGAUGCUUAUUUGACCAGUGGCUCAAUAAAAUGCAUCAAGAAAAAUGCCGUCUUACCUUAAUGCUGCUAAAAUUAGUUUGAGACAAAAAAUAAAAAUCAGGUUGUUCUGCAGAUCAAGUGCUUGUAUUUUUUUAGACUAUAGCUAAAAAUGUCUGAGUACCUUUUUCACGUAAGGAUGACAAACUAAGACGUGCUAAAAAACAGAUCUUUGAUAAUAGAAACUCAUAAAGGUUUGUUGGUUUAAUAAUAACAAUAUGGCUACCUAAAUUAGAUCAAAGAUAAUAUUUUUUACCAAAAGUAAAGACAAAACUAUAAGAACUUUUUAUUGACCAAAACUGGGCUGAAAUGUUUUUGAGUUUACUUAAACUGAACUAAACACUGAAUUGGACCAUGAAAAGACCUAUGUGACCGUAUAUUUAAGGACAAUGCAUCCAAGCACUUUUUCUUGUACAAAAUUGAAGCCAAAAUACCCCUGCUACAGGGGCUGGCAUAUAGAGCUCCACAACAUGGUUCCGGUAGUAAAAGUGCUGUUCAUUUUCUCCAUAGCGGAUUUCAUUAUUAGCCGGAUUGUCAGAAACACCCAAGUUAAAGGCAGCCUUACACCUAACGACUUUUCGUGCAGUUUCAAAGUCACAGACAAAAUUCCAAAGUCGGAGUAAAGUCAUGAGAGUCUUGCUAAAGUUUUAGCACGAGCCCUUGAUCUCAGUCGUUUAGUGUAGGUGGUCAUAAAACUCGAUACAAGCAGUUUUAAGGCAGUCAUUCUUCAGUCUUGGCGUUACAACAAUAUCACACGUGUCAUAAAUGUUUAGUCUGGUCAUAUUCAUAACUUACAAAGUUGAUUCGGUUUUUCCUCAAACACAAUCUUACUGUAGUCUUGUAGUUAGUGACCCCCAGUCUUUGCAGACUCUUAGUCUGUGACUGUAGUCAGAAACUGAGUUUUUAUAAAAACUCAGUUACUUGCUGACAAAUUGUCUUUAGAUGUGAGAGGGUGAUGUGCUUCUGUUGUAAGGUAUCAACCUCUUUUUGAGAAGAAGAUUACUAGAAGUACUGGCCAAAGAUACCACUGUACCCACACUCAUAGUAGAGUGUCACUGUGGCCUCUGUGACCGAUGGGGCCGGUAAAUCUUGAAAUGCCUACCACGUAGUAGCCUAUGUGACUUAUGUGCAGUCAGUCAGCAGGGGAAGCUCCAAACAUUUUGGCUUCACUCCAUGAUAGCUGUCGCUGUGUUCAUCUUCAUAUAAAGUCUAUAGGUUCAAUGUGUAAACCCGAUAAAUUCAUCAUAAAUUCAAUAAAUUUUCUAAAUUGUUGCUCUGCACUAAUGUAGUUUUUGGAGUAUGUGAAUGUGCUUAUUUUUCAAAUUGUCUUAACAACAGGCUAACCUACAAAUAGACUGUAUUUCCAUACUCCCAUAAAAAAACAUUCAGCCCAGGACUGUUCCCCAUUUUAUCAUUAAAUUCAAAUCCAUCAGACUCCUCUAUGACCUUGGUCGACCCAUUAAAAAAUCAUUUGUUCUCAGACUGAGAGACAAUACCUUUUGGCCUACAUUAAGAGCAAAUAUGAACUGCAACUACAAACAGCGUUGUGUGCUGACAUCUAUUGUCACUAUUUUUAAAUGUUAGUGAUCCUUUGUCAGUAAAUACAGGCUUGACUCUGAGUAAUUAAUUUGUCCUAAUCAGGUUAGGCCAUGUGGACUAGAUGUAUUGGCAAGGUGAGUCAACAAUGUUUCUAUCAGAGUAUGAAUUGGAUUAAUGUCUAGACUCUGAAUUAGCCGCUUUUGAGGAUGCUAAUGUUAAGGAAUGUCUGAUUACAGACUUCCAGGUUUGAAUAGUCCUUCAGAAUGAAGCUGUUUAUUUCAAAACUUAUCUGUAAUCAUCUGAUGUUUUUUUUUUUUUUUUUUUUUUAACUUCUGCCUUCACACGUGUCUGUUCUCGAUGACUCCUUGUUCGGACACAGAGUAAUCAUGAGGCUUUUAUUGUGCAAUAACAGUAUGAUGACAAAAAACAAACCAGAGCCAAAGGAAUGCUUUGUCAUCAGUGACUGGAAACUAAAAGAAAAGACAAGGCCUCUGGGGAAUUUAUUGAGUUUGUCGUCAGAUGGUGUGCAAAAAACAUCAUGUAUCAGCAAAGAAAAAAACCUUCCUGUUGUGAUUUGGUUUAUCCAUGCACAUUCUUUCCAGGCUGGUGAACAGAUGGGUUUCAUUUGGAGGACUGAAUUAGAAGAACUGAAUGGUGUUGGCCAAAAAUCUGUGAAUGGUGGAUAUUUGUGUCUAGUCGAACAGUGACAGAGGUGCAGGCUCUGUAUUGCCAUGCUUACUCACUCUUGGUGAAAUGUAUACAGUAGCCUACUUUGGCCUAAAUAGAGGGUUUUCCAAUUUAUGUAUUUUUAACAGAGGUGUCAAGUAACUAAGUACAAAUAUUUCUUUACCUUACUUAAGUAGAACUUUUGGUUAUCUAUACUUUACUAGAGUAAUUAUUUUUCAGCCUACUGUUUACUUCUACUCCUUACAUUUUCACACAAUUAUCUGUACUUUCUACUCCUUACAUUUUAAAAAUAGCCUCGUUACUCCUAUUUCAUUUCAGCUUGUUUUCG